AUGGCUUCCAUCCUCGCUUCUCAAAUCGCCCGUCCUUCCAUCCGUCACUUCUCAGCCCACCGUCCUCGUCCAGACUCUCGCGCUGCCCGCGCCGUCGCCAUGGGUUGCAUCGUAUCCGGCGUGGUACUCCCGUUUGUCCCACCUGCCCUGGAGAGUUCGCGACAACGGAGCUCCGGCAUCUCUACUAGCGCCAAGAACCCCCCACUUUGCUUCCAUGCGCGCUAG